AUGGCCGAGACUUUUGGUUCCUCCGGCACGACUCAGUCCGAACAGACUAUCGAGAACCUCUUGAACAAGGCACGUGCCUCUAUCUCCAAGAAAGAGAUCAAGGAAGCCAUCGGUGAUAUCCUCGCGGUAGGUUCACUUCGCACACGAUCGGUAUCUCAUUCAAGACUCCCUUCUAACAAUCAACAGGCCAUUGAUUUUUGUAGCUGCAACAAGGGCAACACAAAGCAAGUCCGGCAUGGCAAAGACAAGUCUUGCCACCUGAAGCAAUUCGUCAAUGGCGUCCGGAGUAAGGAUCUCGACGCAAUCUACGAUGUUGCGAACAGUCCUUGUUCUUGCGGUUUUGCUUGGCCUUCUUGUUCAUCGCCCAAACAUCUCGAGGCAAUAGAUCUCCUCACCGAAUCCUUGGAGACUGAGGGUCAUUAUGUUUCUGCCAUCACGACCGGUCUCGGAAUAAUUCGCCUUCGCCCAAUCUCUGCUGCUGGCUAUUGCCGCGUCGCAAAGACCAUCCGGCUCAUCCUUAAGCUCGAAAAAGAGGGAAAGAAAGCCAAGAGAGUCAAUCCAAAGGUUGCGAGAACACUCGCAACCCUCGAGAAGGAUGCUGGGCUCACCACCGCCCGCCUAUAUAUUUUCAUGAAGAAACUUGUUCAGGCCGGCCUGAACAAUACCUCCGAAAAGUACCGCAAUGACGCCCAUGACGAAUACGACCAGAUUCUCAUGCGCAUGGCUCACAGCCUGAAGCUCCAAGACUCUCUUCGCGACCCUGCAGCCAAACUGCCACUCGAACUCCUCCGUCAGAUCUUCUCUCACCUGGACACCUCCGACGUCAUCCGCUCCCUCAGAGUCAGCAAAAAAUGGAACCGUAUCAUUAAGCACGAUACGUUGCUCUGGGAAGAAGUUCGUCUUGCCCAGCCGCGCAAUCCUGGCAACCGUGUUUUUGCCACAUGGUUGAGGGGGCACCAGGGAGUGAAGAGCUUGACCAUAGACGAAGUAUCAGGCUUUGGGCUCUCUGCCAAGCGUCUUUACAUGCUUCUCUUUGGCCUUCCCAACCUUCAAUGCCUCAUCAUCAAAACUGCGGCCCCGCACCGCUGCGACACCAUCCAGGAGUUGGACCCAGCUCCUAGUCCUAGUCAAAAGCUUGGAUUGGCCCAACUUUCACUGGAUGGCUACCAGGCCCCAGUCUCAUUGUUGGUCCAACUUCUUGAUUUGUCAAAGGACACGCUUGAGGUUCUAGACCUCGUCCAGACUGGCAGCAAGCCUGAGCGGGCGAUCGAGGCCGUGAGGAUGCCAAAGCUCCGGAGCCUAUGGGUCGACAUCGACAUGGCCGGCACCAGCACCGAGGAGCACGUGCUCCGAAUGCCAGAGAUCGUGGCGUCCACGCCGAAUCUGGAAGCGUUCUGCUUGAACGGCUUCCAGCUCGAGUGGACGCCCGGUCAACCCACUCCCCAGGGCUGGCGACAGCUCAAGCACGCUUCGUUCGGUCCGGCAAUGGGCAUCGAAGCCCACACCCAGGGGACCAUUCUCCUGCCUCGCAUCUUUCCCCCCAUGACGGAGAGCAUGGAAAAGAUCGAGAUCAUGACGAUGAACCCGGUAAUUGCCCACAAUUACCUAUUCACCGUCAUGGACGGGGCUGAGGCGAGACACCCUCUCCACUCCCAGGAGAUGGGUUUGGAGUUUGACGAAGGCAAGCUCCCAAAGUUGCCGAACUUGGAGCUGUUCCGGUCGCGCUGUGCGAUCGAUGUGGGACUUCUGGGGCGCUUACUUGCGGUGCCGGCCGCGCGCGAAGGAAGUUUGCGGGUGCUCGAGCUUGCGGUCGAGCAGAGGUGGGCGGUUCGCCAGCGCCACCUCUGGUGCCCAGUCGUGGGGCUCGAGAGCAUCGUUGUGCCGGCGGAGGCGUUUGUUUGGAUGGAGUCGGAGAAGAUAGAGCACCUUGGGCUUUACUUCUUCAACUACGCCGGCUUCGCCUUCCAGUACGGCCAAAGGUUCAACGGGCAGCCGUUUUUGGACUGGCUUGACAAGUUCCCGGCGCUGAACUCGGUGUCGGUAUAUCCUGACUGGCCUGGUGAAGGGGUGAUGCCCUUCAUCGGGAAGCUGAUCUUGCACCCAAGGGUGAAGAAGAUCUUUCAGGACUCGCUCAGGACGGGGUACGAGUGGGAUGAGGCGUGUCUGUUGGCGGUGCAGCGGAGUGUGGAUUUGUACCAUUGCGAUUUCAACGUGCCGUAUGGGCCUUCACUAUUUAAGAAUUGGUAG